CAUCUUGAUACCCAUAUGUAUAUUUUGUGGCAUAAUUAAUUUUAAUUCCGAUCAGGCAAAGUACGUGAUCCUUUUUAUUCAUCGAGAGGAAGGGAGUGGGAUUUUCCACGUGUGUCAAUUGAGAAACUCAACAGUGGGUAUUGAUGGUGGCGCUGAGCUUGCAAGGUGUGCGGCCAAGUCCUCCGAAACCCCAACGCCCAUCGUUGCGUGGCGGAAAUGCGCGCGGAGUGUUGAGGAUUCGGUGUGGGAUAGCUGAGCCAUCAGGUGAACCUGCUCCUUUAGGACAAAAGACGCGCUACAAUGACGGCAUUUUCGCUAAGGCCUUCAUGACUCUCUUCGCGCGUAAGAUGGAGAAAUUUGCGGAUCCAAACGGUAGAGAGAAGAAAGGUUGGUUGUAUGACUAUGAGAGUUUCGUCGAUGUUUCUAAGAGGGUAAUGCAGCGUAGGUCUCGUAUCCAGCAGCAGCAAGUGGUUCGAGAGGUUCUUCUUUCUAUGCUUCCUCCAGGUGCGCCAGCUCAGUUCAAGAAAUUAUUUCCGCCAACAAAAUGGGCUGCAGAGUUUAAUGCAGCAUUGACAGUGCCUUUCUUCGAAUGGUUGGUUGGCCCAUCUGAGGUUGUGGAAGUAGAGGUAAAUGGAGUGAAGCAAAAAAGUGGCGUGCAUAUAAAGAAGUGCAGGUACCUGGAGAAUAGUGGCUGUGUUGGAAUGUGUGUCAAUAUGUGCAAGAUUCCUACCCAAGAUUUUUUCACUAAUGAAUUUGGACUUCCGUUAACAAUGAUUCCUAAUUUUGAAGACAUGAGCUGUGAUAUGGUGUAUGGCCAAGCCCCACCUACAUUUGAAGAGGACCCUGUUUCCAUUCAACCUUGCUAUGCGGAUAUAUGUUCUAUGGCAAAUUCAAGCACCAGUGUGUGCCCUAAACUAAAGGCAUGAGAAGGCAUAUCUUUCGGAUUUAAUUUUCCAUUGCAAAAUUAGUGUCUAUUACGGUUCUAUUUCGACCCGAGGUGCUGUGCUGUUACAAGUCUAGCUUCAGAAAAUUCCAUUUACAACCCGUGUAAUAAUACCAGUCUUAUUAGGCUUUUCCUUUUCUUCUUUCACAUAGUUAUUACAUUCACCGAAUGAGAGGACACUGUCUACAAAAUACUGCAUGUAAAUUUGUAAUUAUAGUACCAAUUAUCAGUAUUGCAAAAUUGUACAGAAUUUUUGGCCAUGCAGAGGGAAUUCCACAUUCACGCCUUUGGAUAACCACAAUAAUGAAAUACUGAUUGUCUAAA